UCCACGCGCUGUCGGCAUCAAAACUUGCAUUCUCUCCAUCCGUCCUCAUCUCUCUCCAGCGCACUUGUUUUUUUGCGAACGCACACACACACUCACUCUCACACACUCACACUGGCGUUUUAAUAUUUGUUUCCCCCCCGUUGGAAGGUGCACAGGUGCAUCCCACAGCCAUUGCUCGCUCUCUGCUUAGUUGAUUAUGGUCACAACCCCCGCGGUGCCAAGGUGGAGUCACCGCGCGUAUCUCGGAUCGGUGCGCUUCUCCAGGGGCUGGGAUGCGCACCGGGCACCUCUCGCUUCCUGCCGAGUUUCGGGUCUUCGCAGGAGUCAAGCGCUGCCCCGGGGCGCCGAGGCAGGAGGACCCAGUCGACCCGGAGCAGGAUGCCGGUGAUGAGAGGUCUGCUCGCCCCACAAAACACCUUCCUGGACACCAUCGCGACCCGCUUCGAUGGCACCCACAGCAACUUUGUUCUGGGGAACGCCCAGGUGCAGUCGCUCUACCCCAUCGUCUACUGCUCCGACGGUUUCUGUGAGCUCACCGGCUACGCCCGCGCCGAGCUCAUGCAGAAGAGCUGCGCUUGCCACUUCCUGUACGGCCCCGAAACGAGCGACAAGUCCACGGCCCAGAUCCAAGGAGCCCUGGAUGAGAGGAAGGAGUUCAAGACCGAGUUGGUUUUCUACAAGAAGGAAGGAACACAGUUCUGGUGUCUUCUGGACAUCGUACCCAUUAAGAAUGAAAAGGGGGAGGUGGUUCUGUUCCUUGUGUCGCACAAAGACAUCAGCGACAAGAAGAAGGACACGGAGCAAGGACCCGACACAGAUGAGGAGACGGGUCUGGAGGUGCAUCAGGUAACUCGCCCUCCAGGCUUCAACGCCAACCGGCGCCGCAGCAGAGCGGUUCUCUAUCACCUGUCAGGACACCUGCAGAAACAAGACAAGAGCAAACUCAAGAUCAACAAUAACAUGUUCGGAGACAAGCCUCCGAUCCCAGAGUACAAGGUAGCAGCCAUCCAGAAAUCUCGCUUCAUCUUGCUCCACUAUGGAACCUUCAAGGCCGGCUGGGAUUGGUUAAUUCUGCUGGCGACGUUCUACGUGGCCGUCACUGUGCCCUAUAACGUGUGUUUCACCGUGGUGGGGGGGUGGGAUGAAGGGAACAGCACUGCCCCGCGGAGCCCGCCCAGCGUCAGCGACAUCCUCGUAGAGAUCCUGUUUAUUUUGGACAUUCUGCUGAACUUCCGAACUACUUUUGUGAGCACGUCGGGUCAGGUGGUGUACGACGCCCGCUCCAUCUGCGUCCACUACGUCACCACGUGGCUCUUUGUCGAUCUCAUCGCCGCCCUGCCCUUUGACCUGCUCUACGCUUUCAACGUCAGCGUGUACUUUGGAGUCCACCUGUUGAAGACGGUCCGGCUGCUCCGGUUGCUGCGGCUGCUACAGAAGCUGGAGCGAUACUCCCAGUACAGCGCCGUGGUUCUCACUCUGCUGAUGUCCAUGUUCGCCCUGCUGGCCCAUUGGAUGGCCUGCGUCUGGUACUUCAUCGGGCGCAAGGAGAUCGAAAGUCCCGGCUCCUGGGAUAUUGGUUGGCUCCAUGAGCUGGCCAAGCGUCUUGGGACCCCCUACUUCCUGCCGACGCUGGUCCCAGCCACAGUCAGCAGCCUCCGGGCCAACAGCAGUCAGUGGAACGCGUCGGGGUCGGAGGGCGGAGGGCAGGGCUCCUGGAACUCCAGCCAAUAUUACGGAAACGCGUCUGGAGGCGAGGCCGUGGCGGAGACGGCCGACGGGGGCGGGGGUUUCGGGCUGCUGGGUGGCGGCCCGUCGAUGCGUAGCAGCUACGUGACGUCGCUUUACUUUGCUCUGAGCAGUCUCACCAGUGUGGGAUUUGGAAAUGUGUCCGCCAACACGGACUCUGAGAAGAUCUUCUCCAUCUGCACCAUGCUCAUAGGAGCUCUGAUGCACGCGGUGGUGUUUGGCAACGUGACGGCCAUCAUCCAGAGGAUGUACUCGCGGCGCUCGCUCUACCACACCCGCACCAAGGACCUGAAGGACUUCAUCAGGGUCCAUCGGCUGCCCAAGGCCCUGGAGCAGCGCAUGCUGGAGUGUUUCCAGACCACGUGGUCGGUCAACAACGGAAUAGACGUCAGUGAGCUACUGAAGGACUUCCCAGACGAGCUGAGGGCCGACAUCGCCAUGCAUCUGAACAAGGAGCUGCUCCAGCUGCCACUGUUUGAGUCGGCCAGCCGGGGCUGCCUGCGCUCCCUCUCCCUCAUUAUCAGGACCUCCUUCUGCGCUCCGGGCGAGUUCCUCAUCCGGCAGGGAGACGCCCUGCAGGCCAUCUACUUCGUCUGCUCGGGCUCCAUGGAGGUUCUGAAAGACAACACUGUGCUGGCCAUACUGGGUAAAGGAGAUCUGAUUGGCUCGGACUCGCUGACGAAGGAGCAGGUGAUCAAGACCAACGCCAACGUCAAGGCCCUGACCUACUGCGACCUGCAGUACAUCAGCCUCAAGGGCCUCCGCGAGGUCCUCCGCCUCUACCCCGAGUACGCCCAGAAGUUCAUCAGCGAGAUACAGCACGACCUCACGUACAACCUGCGAGAGGGCCACGGGGCUGAUGUGGACUGGGAGAGCAACGGAGGCCUGGUGAAGAAGCUGCCGUCGAUCCGUGAGGAUGAGGAGGGCGACGAGGAGCAGAACUCGGUGUCCCGUGCUACUCGCUCGCCGCUGCGUCUCGGCAGGGGGCUCAGCUCGCCCCUGCGCUCCCCUCUCCUGCCCCCGAGGCCGUUCCGCGCUCCCUCCGACCACUCCCGCCCCACAACCCUGCAGAUACCGGUGGUCAGCUUCAGCAGCGUGCAGCCGGAACUCAGCCCCAGAUUCGUGGACGGGAUUGAAACGGAGAGCAACUCCAACUCAUCGCAGAAGUUUGAGUUCAGUCCCAGCAUGUCACCUGCAGCACCGCCCUCUCCCUACCAAGGGAUGCGGGAGCACUCUGAGAUCAAGCAGAGUGUGUCUAAACUGACUGAGGAGAUGAACAGUCUCUCUAAACAAGUCUCCAAUCUCAGCCACGAGCUGCAGGAAAUGACACGCCUGCUGAAGCCCCUCCUCCAAGCAUCACCGCAGCCAAUCCUGAUGACCAUGAUUCCAAACUUCACCCCGCCCCCUAGCAGUGCCAGCCAGCUUUCGCCUAGCGCCUGUCUCGUGCUGCCGCCCCCCGCCUCCCCAUGUCCUCUCCAGAGACCUGGCACUCAUUCCCUGUUGGACAGCGGAGACGUAGACGGCGUGGAUUUGCCACGAUGCCUUCUCCCAACUCCUCAUUCACCAAAAAGGCCUAACUCAUCUUCUUCAGCAUCGCCACAGCUCCCGUCCAAACACCCAGGGGCCAACAUUAAGGGCCCGAGCCUCUCCAACCUCCCCCCCCCCGAGGAAGGACUUCCUGAGGGUACCCCGGUCCUCCGAGCCCUCCACGCUUCUCCCAGUAACGGGAUAUAUUUGCCCUCUCUGCAGGACCAGCCUCCCCUGGCCUCUCACACCCCUUCCCCCUCUCUCUCCUUCUCCAUGUCUCUCUGCUCCUCGCCAUCGCCAUCGCCACCGCCACCGCCAUCCCUUUCCCCCUGCCAAGGCCCCCACCUGUCCCGACCGGGCAGCUUUUCCAGCAGAGGCCUGCUGCCCCCGCCGCCCUCCCAAGACACCCCCCCUCCCCCGUCCUUCCACUGCUCAGCUCCCCCUUCCCUCACGUCCUCCCCCGGAGACCACGCGCCGAGGCCUCCGCCUCCGCCUCCCGUCCCCCUCGUGUCCCCCGCCGUCUCCCUGCCGCUGUCUCUGGACUUUGUCAGUGCGAGGAAAAGGCAAGGAGAUACCCGGACUCCACUUUGGCGUAACUCACAGCUGCGCCGCGGGGAGGCCAGACCUGUCGCUCAUCCCCAGGAGCUGGAGAUGCAAGAGUGGGGGCGACAGGUGGAGGACGGAAAGUUCUCCACAGAGCACAUCAGCUUCAUCGAUGAAGAGGAGCCAGCGUUAUGAACGGGUUAAGGGGAGACACUGCAGGUGAACAGGGACAAUAUUUAAACUAACAGAUAUCACCGUGAAAUUUCCCCAGCUGAUUACUUACAUUAGGACAAUAUUGUAUUUCAAGUUUUCUCAAAUUUUAUGUUUAAAUAUGCCAAUAAGGCAUUAUCAGCUGUUCAUUUUUGUUUAAUUUAGGAGAAAUUUACAGUCGUAAACAGGGUCCAAAAUUAACUUUUUGUCCACCAGCCAAAUGGCUAAUAAAUGUUCAAAUUUUACUAGCCACAAGAUUACUAUUG